AGCUGUACGCUUUUCAGGAUGAAACCAGGCGUCUAAGAAGCAGUCUGUUUGGUCUACGUUUUGACUCAAGUUGAAACAGUGGUGGUUCUUCCCCAGGGCGUCCAAGCGUGGUGACCUGUCGGUUUCGGGAACUCAUGUAUUUCCCCUCUUGUAACACCAUUGGGGUUAGGCUACCAGGCCUAUCAGGGAGGGUCCCAAAUUCCAAGGUGGAAUACUGGCCUGCCUUGAGGAAUUUUGGUAUCCACAGACAUACAUGGCAGGCACUGAGCUGGGCAUUGUGGGCACAGUAAGGAACAAAGCAACCCAGUGCCAUCUAAAUGGAGCAUCUUGUGCUGUAUUUUAAUACAUGAGUUAAAUACAGACACAUGGGUUUAGAGGAUGACCAUCCUUGGACCCCUAGAACUUUACCUGGUCAUGUUACAGAAGAGGAGGUGUGUUUGUUUCCUGUUGCUGCUGUAACGAAUUGCCACAGACUUAGCAACUUAAGACUACACAUUUAUUCUCUCAUGGUUCUGAAGGUCUGAAGUGUGAAAUGAGUCCGCCAAGGCCAAGACCAAGGUGUCACAGGGUGGGCUUCUGGAGGCUCGGGGGUCAAGGGAGGCAUCUGUUCCUUUCCUUUUCCAUCUUCUGGAGACCCUGUCCUUGGCUCAUGGCUGUCCAUCAUAUAGCCUUUUCUCCCCCCAUUUGUGUCCUCAUAUAGCUUCUUCCCUUUUUGCUCUUAUUGUCUUCCUUUUGUAAGGACCCUUGUGAUUGUAUUUAGAGCCCACCCAGAUAAUCCAGCAUGACCUCCCCAUCUCAAAAAUCUCAAAGUCACACUUGUAAAGUCCCUUUUGUCAUGUAAAGUCAUGUUUGCAGGUUCCCGGUAUUAGGAUGUAGAUAUCUUUGGGGGGCUAUUUUCAGUCUGUCACAGUGGGUAGCUUUGAAUACUUGAAGAAGAGCCAGUUUGUGAGACAGAAGGUUAUGAACCCAGUUGGUCACUCCCCAGGUGUUCUGAAUUGGUAGAAAUGGACAGAACUUGAGCAACUGCUCUUGCAGGUCUGCUCUUCUAAAGAAGUGGGUCUCCCAUUUGAUGGAUCUCUGAGUCACCCAGGGAAUGUGGAAAAAGGACAGAGGCCCAGACCUAGGCUCCUUCAGUGAGCCUGGACCUGUGUGUUCUUUGUGAACACUCCAGGUGAUUUUGAUCCUCAGCAAAGUUCGAGAACCAUUGCUCUUAGGAAUAAUCUCAGGGAUUAUCUGCUUGUGUGCAUGUGAGAGGUGGAACUUCUUGUAAGCGCCAAAGCAAGGCUGCAGACAGGAAGUGCUGGAGAAGACCAGAGGAGGGGCCAGUGUCUGCAGAGGAACUGCCACCAGCGCCACACCUGGAAGGCAGGAGAAGGUGUGGCUUCACCAAGAAACGGCGAGAAUGCUCCAAGUGGAGGGAGAGACCAGCAGCACUGAGAAGCCUGGAAUGGUCCCCCCUCCGCCGGGAGAGGAAAGCCAGACCGUCGUUCUGCCACCCGGCUGGCAAAGCUACUUGUCUCCUCAGGGCCGGCGUUACUAUGUCAACACGGCUACCAAUGAGACCACCUGGGAGCGUCCCGGCAGUUCUCCUGGGAUUCCGGCCAGCCCCGGCCCUCACAGGAGCUCUCUGCCUCCGACAGUGAAUGGAUACCACGCAUCAGGGACCCCAGCGCACCCUCCCGAGACUGCCCACAUGAGUGUCCGAAAAUCCACCGGUGAUUCCCAGAAUCUGGGAUCCUCGUCACCAGGCAAAAAGCAGAGCAAGGAAAACACCAUCACGAUAAACUGUGUGACGUUCCCUCACCCAGACACGAUGCCGGAGCAGCAGCUACUGAAACCAACCGAGUGGAGCUACUGCGACUAUUUCUGGGCUGAUAAGAAGGACCCCCAAGGCAAUGGCACUGUGGCUGGGUUUGAACUGCUGCUUCAGAAACAGCUGAAGGGCAAACAGAUGCAGAAGGAAAUGUCCGAAUUCAUCCGGGAAAGGAUAAAGAUUGAAGAGGAAUAUGCGAAGAACUUAGCUAAGCUCUCUCAGAACUCCUUGGCUGCACAGGAGGAGGGCUCCCUGGGAGAAGCGUGGGCGCAGGUGAAGAAGAGCCUUGCGGACGAGGCAGAAGUUCACCUCAAGUUCUCGGCCAAGCUUCACAGUGAGGUAGAGAAGCCCCUAAUGAACUUCCGGGAGAACUUCAAGAAAGACAUGAAGAAGUGCGACCACCACAUCGCUGACCUCCGCAAGCAGCUCGCCAGCCGCUACGCUGCAGUGGAGAAGGCCCGGAAAGCCCUCACAGAGCGGCAGAGAGACCUGGAGAUGAAGACCCAGCAGCUGGAGAUCAAGCUGAGCAACAAGACGGAGGAGGACAUCAAGAAAGCACGGAGGAAGUCCACGCAGGCCGGAGAUGACCUUAUGCGCUGUGUGGACCUCUACAACCAGGCCCAGUCCAAGUGGUUUGAAGAGAUGGUGACCACCACAUUGGAGCUGGAGCGGCUGGAGGUGGAGAGGGUAGAGAUGAUCCGGCAACAUCUGUGUCAGUACACACAGCUGCGGCACGAGACGGACAUGUUCAACCAAAGCACAGUCGAGCCUGUGGACCAACUGCUUCGAAAAGUGGACCCAGCCAAAGACAGGGAGCUGUGGGUCAGAGAGCACAAGACGGGCAACAUCCGCCCCGUGGACAUGGAGAUCUAGACGGGCACGUGCAGCCCGGGGGUCCUGCCGAGGAGAGGGGCUGGGGGUCCCAUGGAGAGGCGGUGGCGGCUCCUGCCGUGGGGCCUGCUGCCAGGUGGAGCUGCCCUCCCACCCGCUCUCCUGGUCUACAGAGGAAAGGGGAGAGUGUGGGCCACAGCUGGUGAUUCCAGAAGGGCGGCCGGCACUGCCCCGCUGGGAGCCCCCCUGUGUUCCCAGCCCAAGAAGACAGAUCCACGGCCCUGCCCUUGUCUCUGAGGCCAAAGCCCCCAACUCCCGUGCUGUGCUUGCCACUCCGAGAACAAACUGAGGCUGGAACUUUGUGGUCCCUGCUGAGCACCAUGGGAUCGCCUCCCCAUCCAGAGCCAGCUGUGUCACACGCUUGUGCCCCUGGAGGCCCCACGGCCCUUCCUCCAGCUGGCCCCCUUGUCUCCAGGGCUUUGGAGGGUCAGGGGAAGGAGGUCUCUGUCUCCAAGCCGAGUGUCAGGAUCAGAUUGUGGAUAGAAGGCAUUGUUCAGCUCAACAAGCCCGCACCCAGAACCCUUUGCGGCCCUCUGUCUUUAUGUUCCCCGUUGCAUUCUGGGAGCCCACAUCCUGGCCCUUCUCUGUCACUUUUCAUCAUUGGGAGUCUUGGGAAGGCGGCCUGGCUCCUGUCUUCCCAGACUGGCCCUGCCUGGAGAGGUCGGGAUGGAACUACCUCAUUCAGCAGAUUUGCCCCGAGCCAGAGCGUUGAAUUGCGGUUCCCAGUAGAUCAGGCAUCUUCUGUAAAGUCUCCUCUCUGGAAAUCCCAGUCUCCCCAACCCUCAGCCGCUUCUGCAGGAAAGCCGUCUCCUCCCACCCCCACCCCCUUUGGGCUCUUCAUGGCGCUGGGUCAGUCCCAUGGAGAGAUGGGUUGUGGCAAGUCUUUGUCAUCCCGCAGGUGGCUCCACCUGCUUGUGCAGGGGAUGAUUGACACCCCUGUCCCUUGUACGGCUUCCUUGCACUGGUGGGCACCGUACAGGCCUCGCAGACUCCCAUGGCCACAGUAGGUUGUCGGCUUCCAGGCAGUGUCGCGCCACCUUGGCCUCUCAGCUCCUUCUGCACGUUCUAGAGCCCUGCGUGGAGCCCCUGUUUGGUGCUGGUCCCACCUUCCCCUUCCUCCAUCUCCUGAUUCCUGGGAAAGCCUGGUCUGAGCAUGUGACUUGGGAGUUUCAGCACUGCCAUCGGGUCCUCGCUCAUCACUUUCUUCCUUUAUGGGACCACAGCAAACAUGUUCUCCACCAUGUUGAGUCUUAAGAAUCAGCUCAAGGGGACCAGAAGAAGACAAGGACCCUGAAGGAGCUCACACAGCUAGCAGAGGGCAGAUUCUAGCCCAGAACCCACGCCCUGAAAAUCCGUCUUUGUUAGUUAAUCUUUCCCAUUGAUUACUUUGGCUUUACAAGACCCAUACGUCUCCCACGAGGGUAGAGUUCUAAGAGCACAACUCACUGGUCUUUCUCUCAGCCUUACAUGCUGGGCACUGAUGACUUAUUAGUUUUGAAUCUUUGGGUACCUCUUUCGUUGAGUCAGAAUUGCUCUGUCGUAGUUUAUGGUAGAAAGAUGCCCAUGAUCCUACAGCAAACCAAACUUUGUCACUUUUCUCUCCUUAUUGAAACAUCCCAACCAAAAAGGUCACUGUGAAGGCCCUCACCAACACGAAGGCCAUCAGGAUGGAUCUGUCCCUGGCACAGAGAACUACCCCGUCUGGAUCUGUGGUUAAGCCAUGACACCAGCUACCGAUUUUAGGAUAUUAUUUCUUGGUUUCUUUAUUAAAAAUGGGUGCUAGUAGUAACUGCUUUGUGGCUUAGUAAACUAAUUCGUGGAUGAUUUUCAAACAUUCAAAGCCAAUGGCCUUGUUACUGACACAUACUUUGAGCAUGAUAUGGCUCAUUGAUUUUGUUUUCUCUUUCCCAUCUGAGGAUUCCAGAGUCUUCUGUUCCUCCCUGGGACAGAGGAGGCUCUCUUGCCUCUUCUAGGGUAGCCCGGGUUGGGCCAGUCUAUGUUCUAGAGUCAUUCUUUCCCCCUUCCUCCGCUCACCGCAGUCUCAUUAGCCUCUUCACAUACAUCUUUUUUUCUUCCCUCCUUUAUUCAUUCAUCAAGCAUUUAGCUAGGGCCAAGCAGUGUGCUAAGAUCUGGGGACAAGAUAUGGCCCUGUGACCAGGUUAGCCCAUGAUCUCUUAUUCUGUUUAGAUGUAUCUCUCCUCCAUGGGUCUUGAGGGGCUGUAACCUUGGCAUUCACAUACAGGUACUCUCUGCAGACUUGAGGUUUUUAGAGAUUCUGUCUGUUGUUCUGAUAGAUAUUCAUUCAUUUAUUCUGCAGGUACUUAGGACAAUCCAGGCAUCUUGCGGGGUACUCGAAAUGUAGCUGUGUACAAGACAGGCCCCCUCCCCCAUCCCCCCAUUCUCCAUGUGGACAGGGCAAUGUUUAGACCUUUCUGGAGAGUGGGAACAUUGUACCCCUCCACGUGUAACCCUCUGGGAGCCUGUAAUUAUAAUACAAACUCCCGCCAUGUGGCAUUUACCCGCCGGAUGGAAGGUAGGCAGCAAGAAGAGUUGAAUCACCUGGUCCUCAGGCCCUCACAGCCUGCACCCAACUCGAAUUUCAGGGAUUGGUUUUCAGUAAAUCCCCUCACUUUACAAAGAGGAAGAAUGAAGCUGAAGAUGGCCAGUGAGUGUUGUGAAGCAAACACCGUGAAUUGAGAGCUGGAGGCGAGUCCAGGCCCCCAUCCCUAUUCCCAGGGCACCCCUGUGGAUGAGAUCAAGAUCAGGAUGACAUCUAGACUAACUGGAAGUGCACUUGGGAGCAGCAGUCUCUCUGGGUUGUGGUGGUCUCGUGUUUGUUUUGGUGUCUAGGUUAUCGGAGGGCUUGCCUAGGUGUAUUCAGAGUGAGUGAGUCUGGGUUAUUCCUGAGCACACCCAUCAUUCCAUUUCUGAGAACAGGUGAGCCCCUUCUACCUGCCUUCACCUGGGAGACACAGGUGUACUUAGUCUAUGAAAACCUGAUUGUUUAAAAUAUCUUUAAGACUGUUCAAAGUGAAUUGGUUGCCAUGAUAACCUCCAGGAAAAGCUACUUGUUCCUCUCCGUUUUUUCUACUGUUUUUGAUUAUCGCAAAACAGUGGCCACCUAAACCACAGGCGCCUUGGGCCUCCCUUCUGCCUCCACCGGACGCCCGUGGGCCAGGGAGGAUCCCUGCAGUAGGAGGCACUUCUCUGCCCCUCGGGGCUGCUCAGUGACUGCGGCAGACAGAAACAGUGUCCACAUUCAUGAACCAGGGUUUGCUUCUCUUCCCUUUGUGAAAACCAAUCAAUUACGAGAUUCAUGGAUGGGUGCGUAAAAGUCUUGGCUGAGCCAAAGUCCCUUCUUGGAAAUACAAGCCAUAGAAUUAAAAGGACAUCAAAGCCCUCGGCUUGUUUAAGCGAGUUUACUUGCAGCAGUGAGUGGCCUUGACCACGAGAGUUUAAGCAGGACUUGGCAGACCUGCUGGUGAUCAUGUAGGUGGGGAAAGCACUUCACAAUGUUAAGUGGGGUACAGAUGGGCAGCAUGCUUUGCUUCGCCAGCACAUCUUAUUCCCAUAAUCCUUUCCACCCCAUAAGAGCCACUGCCCUUUCUUUUUCCAGGUUUAUUGAGGUAUUUGACAUACAGCGUUGGGGUUUAUUAACAUGCAGUAAAAUUCACCCUUUUGAAGUAUGCGGUUCAGUAAAUUUUGACAAACGCAUACGGUCUUGUAACCACCACCAAAAUCAACAUAUUUCCGUCACUCCAAAAAGUGCCCUCAGGCUCCUCCUAGUCGAUCCACUCCUCCCACUCCCAGCCCGCAGCAACCACUGAUGGAUGUUCUGACCCUAUCGUUUCCCCUUUUCUAGAAUGUCCUAUAAAUGGAGUCGUGCUGAUGUAGCCUCUGGCUCUGGCUGCUUUCCCUCGCUUAAUGCUUUUGCGUCACCCGUGUUGCUGUAUGUGUCAGGAGUCUAUUCCUGUACAUCCCCGAGCAGUGGUCCAUUGCACGGGUGUCCCACACUGCUUCCUUGCUUUUAAAGCCAGUUGUUUGCCCUGGAGUUCCUGGCCCGGGGUCUUUCAGUAUUUUGCACGGCUACUUCCAGCCUGCUGCUUCCUACAGCUCCUGAGGCUCCUCCGAAUUCCAGCUAUGCCCACAAGUGGUUCUUGGGGCUCACACUUGCCUUUUUCGUUCAUUUUAGGUUUUUGACAAUGCAGACAGCUGCCAGGGAUUGGAGGGAGGGGGCGGGUGGGGUCUCAGUUGCCUUCGACUUCUGCUGAACCGUGAAGAUUGCAUCUCAGUUAGCAGAUCUGCUCCCUCCUGGGGACCCUCCCUUCAGCUCGCACAGUCCUUGGCAUUUAUUGAGCACUGGUGGGUGUGGAAGGCGAAUGGACAUAGCAUGAAUGAGAAGACAGGGGGCUGGCCUUGGGUUAAUCUCAGUCCUUUCCUCGAUCUCUCUUGCUUCAUCUGCCAACUAAGGAUAUUUGUUCUAGAUGGUCUCUCAACCCUCCUCCCCUCCUCUUUUCAAGUUUUGUACCCUCUGCACGUGGUGGUGCCUAUCUGGAUCCCAUGAGCACAUCCCGUCAGUUGUGCGUGGUGUUGCCUGGAAUCCUCAUGAGAGGCGUGCUCUGGCACUUCUCUGCUUAGAUGCAAAUGGAACUAAAAUUAAGUUUCAUGAGCUGUUGAGAAUGAGGUAGUUCCUCCCAGGACCCUUAAAGAAAGCGCAAGUGGUUACCUUUUGGGUCUCGUCCCCUGGUCUUUGACAGCACGUCCUGAUGUCUGCUUCCAAGGAGCCAGGACAGGCAUGAAGUCAAGCCUCCCUCAGGUUCUUGUCAUUGCUGGAGCCUUGCUCAGCUGGCCGUCACACUGAGCCUGGCCUGUGCCUACACCCCACUGAGUGGUGGCAUCUGGUGGCAGAGACAGGACCAACCCAGCUAAUGCCAGGCAGGCUAUGGGCCUGAGCCCCGAGGUAACCACUCCAAGCCAUGUCUUGAUUAUGCCGUGAUCAGUGGGAAGUGAGCCCUGGGAGGCAACCAGGCACUUCUCCAACCAAAUGGAAGACGUUCUUGGAUCCAGGCCGCUGAAGGUCAGGGCCCGAGGGGCCCAAGUCCACAGUGGGUCACACUGAAGGGUUGUUUCUGGGUUGAAUUUUGCCAGGGAGGACUUCCACAUCUCCCCCACGGGAGUAGUAUUUCUGUCGGGCCUUUUCUGUUGCAGCAGGUUUGGGUGCGAAAAAGACUGACAGAUGGCGUAAAGCAAUGUUCCGUUUUCCCUGAGCCUCUAGAUGCCGUGGCGUGGCUCUGUCAGGAGCCUGUGUUAGGGGUGCCUCUGCAGGAGAGGCAUUGUGGUGGUCUUUGGCCCCGCUCUGUGCACUGCUUUGGGGGCAUGGACCCUUUGUGUUUGAGGGGAAUCCCUAAUGGGAUUGCAGUAGUGGAAUGGGAAGGGUCCAGGCACAUGCGUGCUCUGAUGGGGACGGUGUGACGUAGCGAUGGAGAGUAAAAGCACCUGGCACCUGGCCUGCCGUGCUGUCUCAGUUGUCGGUCCCAUAACCUGAAGUUAAGUCGCAUCCCCUCUCGGGACCUCUGUGUACUCAUCUGUCGAGUGGAGAUGCUCCCCCUCCAGCAUCACGCACAGCAGACAGGCUCUUGGGAGCUGUGGCCUCCAGGCAGCCAUGUGGACCCAGGGACAGACAUUCAAAGGGACACCAGCCAUUCUUGGUGACAGGGGCCCCAUGUUUGCAUCUCUGCCCUUUGGAAGGAGAUGGUUGAGGGGCAGCCCUUUCACAGACAUGAGCACAUCAGCAAACUCUAUGAAAGUGGAAUUUUCUAACAAAAUAAACUUGCUUGUUUGGUCUGUUUUCUGUAACUUUUGCUAAAUACUUUAUACAUUUUUAAUGUUAAAAAGCUGUGUCUCCUGCCAACACUCCUCAUCCCGGUAUGAAUGUGUUUACCCCACAUUGUAUACCCUUCCAUCCUCUGGCUGCCUAGAUCAGUAAAUAAAAUUGAUGUACUAUAAUUUAUAAGUAACACUGUUGGAACUCUGCUCCCUAUGGAGGCUGUCAUUCGCCCUUCUCACCCCACUGUAAUAGCAUUUAUGUGUAUUAAUGCUGAAGAAUUAAAUGUUUAAAGGGUUUAAAUUUUGAAGGCAUUUGCUCUAUAUAAUUGUUCUGCAUUAUUAUAAAGCGUUUUCAGGAAGUCAAA